CUGCCAUAUUUAUUCAUGCCGGCAAGAUGGCGGCUAUACGGACGAGGUGUUAUUGCCAGUGGACAUAAAAGGCAUUUUAUUCAAGAAAUACAACCGAUUCAGAAACAUUUAUUUACUUGACCGUAUUGUGUGUGUGUUUAUCACGCAACCGGCGUCGACGUUAUUUAUAUUUUACCCCUUUCUACGUUUUUUUUCUUACAAAAAUGUUCACGUUGUAGCUCGCUCGCUAAGCGACCAGCUGGCUAACAGAGAGCAGUUACUAGCUAGCUAUCUAUCACAGCCAAGCCGCCGUGAAGUGUAGAAUGGGAGAAAAGCUGGAGCUCAAGCUCAAAUCUCCGGUUGGAGCAGAAGCUGCUGGUUAUCCGUGGCCAUUACCAGUAUAUGAUAAACACCAUGAUGCUGCUCAUGAAAUCAUUGAGACCAUUCGGUGGGUUUGUGAGGAGAUCCCUGACCUCAAACUGGCAAUGGAAAACUAUGUACUCAUUGACUAUGACACCAAAAGCUUUGAGAGUAUGCAGAGACUUUGUGACAAAUACAACAGGGCGAUUGACAGCAUUCACCAGCUGUGGAAAGGGACCACCCAGCCCAUGAAGCUGAACAAACGUCCCUCUAAUGGGCUGCUGAGACACAUCCUGCAGCAGGUGUACAACCACUCAGUGACUGACCCAGAGAAGCUGAACAACUAUGAGCCCUUCUCACCUGAAGUGUACGGAGAGACCUCGUUUGACCUGGUGGCUCAGAUCAUUGACGAGAUGGAAAUGAUGGAAGAGGACACCUUUGUCGACCUCGGCAGCGGAGUUGGGCAGGUAGUGCUGCAGGUUGCAGCUGCAACCAAUUGUAAACACUACUAUGGUGUAGAGAAAGCAGACAUUCCAGCUACCUAUGCAGAGACCAUGGAUAAAGAGUUUAAAAAGUGGAUGAAAUGGUAUGGGAAGAAACAUGGGGAGUACACACUGGAGAGGGGUGAUUUUCUAUCAGAGGAAUGGAGGGAAAGAAUUGCCAAUACAAGUAUUAUUUUUGUGAACAACUUUGCCUUUGGUCCAGAGGUAGAUCACCAGCUGAAGGAGCGCUUUGCUAACAUGAAGGAAGGUGGGAAGAUUGUGUCCUCGAAACCCUUUGCACCUUUAAAUUUUAGAAUAAACAGUCGAAACUUGAGUGAUAUUGGCACAAUAAUGCGUGUAGUGGAGCUUUCUCCACUGAGAGGCUCUGUUUCUUGGACUGGAAAACCAGUUUCCUACUACCUGCAUACCAUAGACCGCACUAUACUUGAAAACUAUUUUGCAAGUCUCAAAAAUCCUAAACUCAGGGAGGAACAGGAGGCAGCUAGGCGACGUCAGCAGAAGGAUACUAAGGACAAUAAAAGCAAUAGCACCACUCCCACAAAAACUAAAGAACUAAACAAGCAGCAGGACUCCUGUGGGGAAGAGGAGCGUCCUAGCUUGGUGACAGUGGUCAAGCCCCCUGCCAAACCCAGAAGAACUCGACUCUUGUCCAAAGGUCGCAAGUUAAACAACAAGAAGCGUGGUCGACCUAAGAAAGCUACCCCAGCUGCAGAAAAGAAGAACAAGAAGAAUCAAAGCGCAUUGGAUUUGCUUCACGCCAAGACCCUUUCUGCAGCACCUCCUCAGGAUGCAUAUCGGCCACCUCAGAGCCCCUUUUAUCAGCUACCUCCCAAGGUCCAGCACUAUCCUUCUAGUCAGCUGCUGCUGAGCCCGACUCCACCUGGCCUGCAACAACUGCUAGAUAACAUCAAAGUUCAGUACCUCCAGUUCAUGGCCUACAUGAAGACUCCACAGUACCGCUCCAACCUGCAGCAGCUUUUAGAACAGGAGAAGCAAAAGCACAGAGAUCUGUCAGGGCAGGCAGAGCAGCUUCAUUCUGUCUGUCAAUCUCACAAGGACAAGAUCAAAGGUCUCUUUCAGACCAAACUAGAUGAGCUUGGAGUGAAAGCCCUUACUGUGGAGGACCUGCUGCAGGCCCAGAAGGAGAUAUCAGCUCACAACCGUCGGCUUAAAGACCAGACUAAGCAGCUUGAGCGAGAUAUGGCCUUGCUGAGAGACCACAGCCUGCUACUGCUGAAAUCUCGAUGCGAGGAGCUGAAGCUGGAUUGGGGCUCUUUGUGUCUGGAAAGUCUGUUAAAGGAGAAGCAGGCACUGCGCCGACAAAUCUCUGAGAAACAGAAGCACUGCUUGGAGCUACAGAUCAGCAUUGUGGAACUUGAGAAAAGUCAAAGGCAACAGGAGCUUCUUCAGCUGAAAUCCUACAGUCCCCGUGACAGUUCCCCAUACAGGAAGAGUCUAGAGUCACGAUGCUCCACAGACAUGGACUCUGCUAAGCUUGGCCUGUCGACAGCUAUAGCCCUCAAUGGCGUCAGCCCAGAGCUUUCAAUCAAUGGCACCAGCUCACCGUGCUUUGACAGGGCCAACACCAAGGGGGAGCUUCGCUACCUGCCCAUCUCUCCAGACCAUGAGCUCACAUCUGCCAACUCCGAUGCUCGACAGAGGCAGCAAAGCUCGUCUCAUGCUCUUCCUGACUACACACGCUUCUCCCCUGCCAAGAUUGCUUUGCGAAGGCACCUCAACCAGGAUCCAACUGCCUCUGCUCACUUGAGAGGCCCAGGGCUGACUACACACAGGGAAUUGUGUGGUGUCAACUCUCCGCUUGGGGUAAAACAGAACUGCCCCUCUCCAAAUGCAUCUGAUGCCCAGAAUCCGUCUAAAGUAUCCGAGAGGGGUGGUAAGGAGAGGAGCCCGUCUGUUCAGGGGGACAACAGCAUUACAAGCCUUCCAAUUAGCAUCCCUCUGAGCACUGUCCACCCAAGCAAACUACCAGUUAGCAUCCCAUUAGCCAGUGUGGUUCUGCCUAGUCGCGCUGAAAGAUUGAGAAGUACACCCAGUCCUGUCUCUCAGACAGGACAGACCAAUGGAUAUUCAAGCUCAGGGCUAAUGAAUGGAAAUCUCCACUCUGAGGACCAUAAUGGGAUGACUUCAUCACCUUCGCCACACAACAACACUCCUCUGACAGGACCAAUGGGCCGAGGAGCUUCCAUUCAGAGUCCAACACUCAGCACUGGAGGGGUGCUCCAGUAUGCUGAUGGACCCCCGAGGAUUCUUCCAGAAGUUGGACAAGAGCGGCAGGGAGGUGAAUCUGAUGCAGAGCCACAAGACAGCGAACUGCGGAGGAGGAUAUUCUUCUCUUCUUCUUCCUCUUCAUCCUCGUCUUCCUCUUCAUCAGGCAGUGGAGGCAGUGCGGCUGGAGUAACACGCCUCCACCAUCAUACUGGCAACUUAGUGAAGCAGGGAUACCAUGGUGUCCAUGGAAACCACCACCAGUCCCCGGGCACGCCGAACACUCACACACCUACACAUACAUCAUCAUCAAAUUCCUCUCAUGGCCUUGGCUCUCAGGAGGGCCGCAAGCGGGGGAGAAGAAAACGCAGUUCUGCAGCAGGGGCUGUCACGGCCAGCGGAUCCCCAAAGAGGAGGUCAUUCCUCGGACUUGGCUCCAGCAACCACUCCUCAGGAUCACCACUCAACAUUAACUCUAUGGUCAACAACAUCAACCAGCCUUUGGAGAUUUCUGCCAUCUCCUCCCCAGAACAGUCGAGUCGCAGCCCCUGUGGGCCUGACUUGGACCAACCGCCCAUUUUGAAGAGGGAGUGCCCAUUGGAGCUCAAUGGGACGGGUCGUUACUCCUCUGCCCCCAGCUCUGAUGAUGACGACUCGGGAUACCCAGCUGACAGUUCAAGUUCAAGAAUUGAACGAAAAAUAGCCACCAUAUCACUGGAAAGCAGAGAUGGACCCGGUAGACUUGGUGACACUGAAAGAGGCAGAAAAUCAUGCAGCAGCAGUGGUAACAGCACAGGUAGUGAAGCCUCCUCUUCAUCAUCUUUGUCUUCUACCAGCAAAUGGAAAUCUACCUUUUCACCUAUUUCUGACCCCAAGCAACCCAACUGCGACUUAAGACAGGGGGGGUCUCCAUUUGGUAUGGGUGGCUCCAGCAGGGGUACUGACUCAGAUUCUGAUCACAAACAGCAGCAAGUGAGGAAAGGCAGUGAUGGGGAGUCAUCUAACUACAUGACCCCCAACCCUUUUCUUAGCCAAGACACAGGGACCCAUGGUGGAGGCAGCAGUGGUGGUGGGGGGCAGGGAGGCAGUGGUUCCGACCAACGCCAGGCCCUCCAGAAGCAAAAGGCCCCUUGUGACUGGGAACUGAAGAGGAGCUGUGGCCUAACGAGUCAGAACCUCUUCAUUUCCGCUGCUGCCAGCAGCGGAGGGGGGAUUCUGAGUGGGAAGGUGGGCGGCAGUCCGGUAGCGGUUUCCUCAACAACGGGAUCAUCUGUAGGACAGUAUCUGGGGUCUCAGUUUCCUCUCGGUGGGACCUCAGUCUUGCAGUCCUUGUUCGGGGCUCAGACAGGCAGCUCCACGGUGAGUGGAACCCCUCGGCUCGUGAACGGACACUCUGCCUUGGGGAGCUUUUCCAGUGCUGGGCUGGCAGGGGGAGCAGCUGGAGGUAUAUUUCACCACGUGGUCCCCUCAGUGUCCUCCCAUCAGUUUGGGACGGCGCUGCCCACCUCUGGAGGCCUCAGCUCUCUGCUCAGUCUCUCCUCCUCUUCUUCUACCUCCUCCCAAACCCAGCAGCACUCCACCUCCCAAGCAGUCUCCACACGCCUGGCUUCCGGGACCUCACCUCUCCCACUCUCCCAGCCUCAGCAAAGCCGCACGCAGUCAGUCCUGCAUAGUCCGUCUCCUCCCACACUCUCCUUGCCUCCUCCACCACCACUGCACAGUGUGUCAUCCUCGUCAGCGCCCAUGCACUCAGACGCCCCACCAUCAUCCUCUCGAUCAGACUCGCUCCACUCCUCUCGUCUGUCCCAUUCCUCUCUCCACCACCAGAGAUCACAGCCAUCUCUCUCUCUUUCCAUCUCCUCCUCCGCCUCCUCUGCUUCUGUCUCUGCUCCUGCCGCUGUUACUGCCUCCCUCUCUUCUUCCCUGUUGGCGUCCUCCUCGUCUCGUCCAUUUGCAGUGCAGUACUCCCCUCGGCUGACGCCUCCACCGCCAGCCAGCAGUUCAGGUGGUGGCGGGAGCAUGUGGAGGACUCAGGGCAUGCAUGGUACCUACACCACCUCCCAGCUCCCCAGUACCCGGCCUAGAUAGGAUUGGGGGGGGGGUGAGGGGAGCAGGGUGGGGAAGGGCAAAGGGCAAAGGGCAAUCAGAGGGUGGAGAGAGGUAGAGCGACUGAUAGGCAGUGUUUUUCCUGUGCUCCCACACAGUUGUUCUAAUUAAAUAAGGUAAGAUAUUUGUUGGCUUUAAGACUUAAAGUAUAUCAUUCUGGUUAAUAAGUUUAAACUGUGAAAGACAUAUUUCAGAACAAAAAGUAUCUGGUGCAGCUUCAUUAACUAAUAAUGUGUAUGGAUGAGAGAAAACAAAAUGUACAAAUAAUACAAUAAACAGCGACAAUUAAAGAUAUAGGAAAUGGUUCAUGUCAUUGCCUUCAUCAAAUUACACUAAACAAACAAAUUUAUAAAUAUAUGAAUGGAUGCCAAAGAAAUUUAUACAUUAACUCUUUGGAAGUUGUGUCUUAGUGGAUGAAGAUAAAGAAUCUACACAUUGUCUCAGGCAUUUGAUCCGUUCGUCAGAGAAUGAAGUUUCCUUAAUCUGCAAUUGUUGCUGUCCAUACAUUGACUUUUAUAGUGACCGGGUUCAAGUUAUGUCUAAUUGUGUGUUUGCCACGUCAGUUUAUUAACACUGCAGUCUCCCCUUUUUUUUCUUUUCCCCUCCAGGUAAUUGAUGAAACUACCUCAAGAAUAAAUAAACUAUGCAAAUGUCCAGGUGUGGACCAAGGCACUCUCCUCACUCACUGGUGCUUCGAAAUGUCUGCACUACCCAACCGCCUCCAAGACCGGCUUCUGUACUGGGAUCACUGACACAUGGAACACAUGGACACAUACACACGCACACACACUAACCACCACUAUGUUCACCUUGAGCAGAAUUCCUCUGUACUGGUCAUGUUCAUGUGUAGAGUGUUUUUGAUUAUUAUGUUCUCUAGAUAAUUUUACAACUUGCAAUCAGUAACUGGCUGCUUUCCAGCACUGAACGAACAGAAUUAUCACAUCUGGUUUAACUUUUAGGUGCUCGCUAUGAUUGAUUGUAAUGUCUUUCUUUUCCCCUAACCUAUAUUAUUGUUAUCAUGUAAUAACCGGUUGAAGCACAGAGUCCAUCUUUAUGAGCCAAGACCCAUCCGGUGUCAUGUUCCCUUCAAAGUUUUCCUUCAUUUUCCUUCAUUCAAUUGAAUGUGAGCACACUUGAACACACAAAUAGGCCAGUUCAUUGAACUCUGCUCAGACAUCAUGCAGCUGCAUCUCUCUGCAUGCAUGUUCUCCUAACUCUGUUUUCUCCCUUGAAAUGAAAUACAGUGUUGCAACAUAUUUGACUAUGUAACAAGAUGAGGAACGUAACAUUUUGAUUUUAAUUUAAUUUCACACUGGAUACUAAGACAAGAGUUCCUAAUGUAGCAGAAUAUGUCCCGUCUGAUUAGAUGACUUAAACUCUGGUAAUGUUGAUUAUUUCCUGUAUUUUUAUAUUGAAGAAAAUGAAAUUUAUGAUUUACCUGAAUCAAAGUGGAUAAGACAUAGAACACUGUUAUGGCUUCCUUUUUAAUGCUCUUAACACUAAUUUUCAAAUUUACAUAGUUUCUGUGACGUGAACAGAUAUUUUACAUAUCAUUGAAAGGUAUGUUGUUUACUCUGCGAGGAGCCUGUUGUGACAGUAAUCAGGCACGUUUCACUUUUCCUCAAAAUGAAUGAAGAACAUAGGCAGCGCAAGGGUGUUUGACUUUCAAACACAGAUUCUGUUAAGUCUUGGAAAAUAUGGUGAAUUAGCAACAUUUCCAGAGGUACAGUCUGCUUAGCAGAACUGAGUGCACUGCAAUUUUUUUAAAAUGCCCAAUGAAAUAUAUACAAUGAGAUGGUGCUUUAUGUAGAUAUUGAUAGUUUGUAGCUGUAUUGUUGUUAAAUGAAGAUGAAUCCAGGUGUGAAAGUAUUGAAGAACGUCCUGUAUUUACCAAAACAUAUUCAUCAGUCAAUUGGGUGAAUCACACUACUUUGUGGCCGACAGCGCAGACCUUUAACUCUUAAGCUAAACGUAUCCAUAUUGUCUGCUGUCGUUAAAUGCGGGUAUAAAUCGGUGCUUGUCUCAAAGGUGGAGUUAUACUGCAUUUGGUUAAAAUGACAACACACGUACACACUCAUGCAUGCAAAUCCUCACACACUGGGAAAACAUAAUUAACCAUAACCACAACAAACUACUGGACUCCUUUUCAUACCAUUUUUUUGCUUUUUUAAAUUGUUGUAAUUUGGUUUUGUAAACAAUGUUUGUACUGUGAAUGUGAGUCAUUCUUCAACUGUAUAGUUGUGUAUAAUUUAGAUUAUUAUAUUUAUGCUGUCAGUCUCUCCACAUGCCUUGAUAUUUGUUUUUCUUUUUUUUUUUUAUCCUGAAAUGUUGAUAUUGUAGAAUGCAAUAGUGUGUGUACUUGACUCACAGUCUGAAAACAAUGGUGCUAUGUUGGACUGUGCCUGAUCUUAUUUAUUCUGUAGUGAAAACAUCAAAGCAAAUUGAAUACUUGGUGCUGUACACAGGGACUCAUUUAAUAAGCUGUUGUCUGGUUCUUUGAAUGCCUAGUGUACAAGCGUAGACACCAACUUUAGAUGAAACUACUUUGCAACAGCUGGCUCUGGAUCUGAGUACACAGGUUUUAGAGGCCUGUGAUUAUGUUUCCUCAUACAUCAUUUUCAAUGUAGAGCAAUGGGCUGCUUGGCUGUCAGUAAAAAACACACACUGUUUUGUACAUAGCGUUUUCGUUUCCCUUGUAUGUCCCUCCAUCAUAAACAGAAUGCUAUAUAAAAUAUGUAUCUAUAUACAGUCUACAUAGAAGUACAAAUAUAUAAAAAUAUAUAUCUAUAUAUAAGUAAAUAGGGUUUUUUGGUGCUGGCAUUGUUACCCUUAAAUUCAACCUGUUAAACAGGAGGCUUGAAGCCAAGGAAAGUGACGCAUUGCCACCACUGGACCUUAGCAGAUGGCGCCUAACACCAUGGCGGCACCGUGGCACCUUGAUCUUUGUGAUAUAUAUAUACCCACCACAGAACUAGAAACUCAGACGCUGUUCACACAAAAAGGUGCUGUGGCUUGAACACAAUAUUCUCCAGCACUCAAAAUGUUCUCGCAUUUAAUUCUUUGUCGUAUUUGUUCAACCAACACAGACGCUGCAGACAUGAUGGUGCUUCUGUUUCCAAACAUUGGUUAUUUCGUGUCCAUACACCGCCUUUUUGUCCACCAGUACACACACUGUAUAUGUGUGACAAACAGGCCCGUACCUUGUAUAGUGAGCAUACUGUGCGAUUGCCAGGCAUGCUGAUGCCAAACACGGUGGUAGGUGUGUGUUUGCGUCGCGUGGCUGGGAGCGAGAGCAGCCAAGCUUAUGUCUCUUCUCUGGUAGUGGUAAUACCCUUCAACUCGGUUUGUGUGUAUGUGCGUGUGUGUUUUAUUUCUUUCUUCCACCUGCCGGUGCAUAUCUAAGGGAAGGUUACAGUAAUAAUCAAAGCUUUAUAGUCAAACUCUUGUCCUGUGCGCUCCGUAAACAUGAGUGUUCAUGUGAAAGAACAUCAGCUAGACCUUAAUUAGACAAUAGAGUCCGUUUGUUACCAGCACUGAGAGAUCUUUUGUAAUUAUUGUUGAUGCUGUUUUGAUUUUCUUAUUCUUGGUGUUUGAUACAGUUGCAGUUAAAUGUUAGGCUUUUAAUUGUUGUCAGUUUUUAAUACUACUAGUCAGACAGCAUGGUGCUCUCCUUCACUUAAAACAAGGAAAUUGCAGCUAUUGAUGCUAAAAGAUCCUACUCUUCUCCUGUUGUGCUGCAGGGUUUUACGGUUUCAUACUCCUCAACACGAGCUUGCCUGGUGGCUUUCUGGACAGUGUGCGCUGACCUCUGGACGUUUCUCCACAAUGGAGGGGCUGUGGUGUAUGUGCGAGUAAGAAUAGUUUGCGGAAACUGCAAAGGUCACUUUUGUAGCUACCAUAGGGGUCGAAGGGACGAGGUGCUGUUAUCAAAGUCCUUUGGAGCAUGAGCAUGAUUUGAAUUUAAAGCUUCUAUGCAGUUCUCCAGCAAGCAUCAUCCUGGUACAUUGUUGAUAAUCUGUGAGAGCUUUGCACUCGAGGCUGUUUACUCUAAAUCCUGCCAAAGGCCUUUACUCAGGAAAUUCCCAUACUGCUUGAAAUGAUGUAAAUUUUCUUUCUUUAAACUACUGCAUGUCACAACCAUCUGGCAUGAUGAAUCCCUCUCUUGCCUAACUCAGGACAACCCCUCAGCAAGCCUAUUUCGAGGAACCAUGAGUCCGCUGCCUUGUCAUACCGCCUCAGAUUCAUUCUCGCUGUCACUUACACCCAGCCUCUGCAGGGAAAUCCAGUUUCAAUGCUUUGUGAGUCAGCCUGAUCUUGACAAGCUGUGAAAUGGCCACAAGUUUCAGCAUCUUCCUUAUUUCACAAAUGCCUCUGUCUUGAUUGGUGUCUCUGAGAGGGAGGUUCACUGUCCCCUUUGUUUGGGUGGCGAUACUGUCAAAAAAGGGCAGACGUGGACUACAGUAUGUGUACAGUGAUUGCUGGUCGGUGAAGCCAGGGCAGGUUUGAGGUGCAAUAACAGCAAACCUACUUUCCAAAAGGCCCUGGGUUUUCGUAGGAAAAUUGUUACUGUUCGGUGUUGGUGCUUUUAUCCUAAGAUGUUAUAAUGAAACAAAUGGAAUUCAUGUUUUUUUCCUGCAUUUUAUGGUUAUUAAUAAAAAAAGCUUUCAUAUAAUAUUUGAAAUA